AUGGCCGCCAUCCGCAAGAAGCUGGUGAUCGUGGGCGACGGGGCCUGCGGGAAGACCUGCCUCCUCAUCGUCUUCAGCAAGGACCAGUUCCCCGAGGUCUACGUCCCCACCGUCUUCGAGAACUACAUCGCAGACAUUGAGGUGGACGGCAAGCAGGUGGAGCUGGCCCUGUGGGACACGGCCGGGCAGGAAGACUACGACCGCCUCCGGCCGCUCUCCUACCCGGACACUGAUGUCAUCCUCAUGUGCUUCUCCAUCGACAGCCCGGACAGCCUGGAGAACAUUCCUGAGAAGUGGACCCCGGAGGUGAAGCAUUUCUGCCCCAACGUGCCCAUCAUCCUCGUGGGCAACAAGAAGGACCUGAGGCAAGACGAGCACACCCGCAGGGAGCUGGCCAAGAUGAAGCAGGAACCCGUGCGGUCGGAGGAAGGCCGGGACAUGGCCAACAGGAUCAGCGCCUUCGGCUACCUGGAGUGCUCCGCCAAGACCAAGGAGGGGGUGCGGGAGGUGUUCGAGAUGGCCACCCGGGCCGGCCUCCAGGUCCGCAAGAACAAGCGGCGGAGGGGCUGCCCCAUCCUCUGA